CCUCUGAUUUCUGUCAUGUGCGUCUUCCAGGGCCGAUUGUUCACGACACGAUAGUUUAUUGAUUUUGUGAGUGUCUUGGCAGCUGCUCGCACUUUGUGCGGCUUACCGCCGGAGGUUUUCUUCGUUCAUCUGACCAGUGUUAACUUGAAAUAAGUGCAGUGUUCGCCGCUUUGGAUAACCAACGGAUGCACAUCAACAAGUGGUUAGUGUACUCUCUACAAGGGCGACAGUGCUACACGUGAAACUUCUGACUGGGUGACAGAUGAUGGGAGACAAAGCUCCAAAAAAAUUUCCACUGGCUGUGGCGUCGUCAAAUGCUUUAGCCCUUGACCUCUACAGUCGCUACGCCUACGCGCACCCGAAGGAAAACCUCUUCUUUUCUCCUCUGGGCGUUACCUCCGCCCUCUCAAUGGCACUGGCGGGAGCCCGAGAUACCACGGCAGAGCAACUCAUCCGUAUGAUGCAUAUCGAUAGGGACCUAUUUCAGACCCAGCGAGAGAUGGCAGACCUGUUCGGAUUUCUCAAGUGGGACGUCGCAGGAAUGCACAUCGCUAACGGGGUGUUUGUGCGAAACGGCUACCGUCCUUCUUUCGAUUAUUGGUCGGGGGUGCAUCGGACUCAUGGUGCAGAGCUGCAUGAAGUUGACUUUGUGGAGAACUCGGAAAUGGUGAGGAGAAGCAUCAAUACCUGGAUGAACGAUUGCUCGCGAGGACAAAUUCAAGAAAUUCUUGGUCCUGGUGCAGUGACGUCCGCGAGUCGUAUAUGUCUCGUCAACGGUGUUCACUUCCAGAGCCAGUGGCCCAAACCUUUCUUCCCGUCUGACAUUCGGCAGCACAUGUUUCAUUCAUCGUACGACGCCACUCCGGGAUUUGAGACUCCUGACGAAGAUGACGUAGCCGUGGAGAUGGUGUCACGUAUUGACACCUUUGGCUAUGUCGUCAACAAAGAUCUCUCCUUCUCAGCCGUCGAAGUUGCACAUAAGGGCGAGAAGACGUCACUGGUUAUAGUUCUGCCCAACCAGGUGCACGAUUUUUGUGUCCUCGAAGAACGAGUUAAUUUGGAAUCGCUCCUAGAUGUCACCAAGGGAAUGGUAAUGACUCCGGACGUCGAGUUGUGCCUUCCCAGACUCAAGCUCGACUUCGGAAUGGACCUGACGGACACACUUUAUUACAUGGGACUUCUUGACCUUUUUACGGAUUACGCCAAUUUGCACGGUAUGUUCGACAUGAACCCAGGACGUGCGUACCUUACGGAAUUCAUGCAUCAUGCAGUGGCGGAAAUGGCAAACGAUUCCUCAUCUGAUUCCAGCUCUGCGUUGCAUUCUCCUGCAGGCGGUGUGCCGUCGCCAAGAGGAAGCAUCAUGAAGAAGAAAGGUUCCAAGAAAAGAAGAGCGAGCGUAGUGCGCACCACGAUGCCUUUUAUUGUGAACAGGCCCUUUAUCUUUUUUGUCCUUCACCGUGAACUGCAACUUAUUCUAUAUUUGGGAACCAUCAAGAAGAUCGCAUGAAAAUCUCGGAUGAACCUUGAAAAACUUAAAUUAAUCGCAGAUAACUAUAAUAGUACUAAUGUGAUGACUGAUGAAUCUCUUCUACGUGAUUGUUCAUUCUCGCGUAGAAGAGUACACUAUUUCGUGCUAUUUUAGUUAUGUUGCCAUACUUCCUGUCCACUGUGACUAUCUUCUAACAACUCCCAUUACAGUGUUUGGGUCCAGUGCU